AUGACGUCGACGUCUUCGAUAACUAAACCUGACAGUGGCAACACGAAAGCCGACUUGCUUCUUCAUACAUCCGUUCCACACACUGCUACGCACGAGUUGUCGACCAUCAAGAACCAAGAAUCGAAUCAUUAUUGGUACUAUUUUCUGGAUAAAGAAAUCAUCAGGUGUAAACACGCAAGUAACACCGUCCGCCAUCGAACUAGACUAGAUGCGAGUGACAUUAUCUUAAAUACAAUUCAUAGUAGUGCAAGAUGA